AAUUUUUAGUGGUGGCGCUCUUCAACUUUACUGUAAAAGUCGAAAAGUGCUAGUGUGCUAGUGAGGCGUGUUCAUUCAGCUGUGCCGCACCGGUUUCUGAGAGUUUCAGGUUGUUUUUUUGAUGAAUAUUCCUGUAUUGUUGUUUUCAUCAAAAUGUCGGAAGAGUUUGUCAACAAAGUCAUCAAGCUCAGUUCACAGACAUCUGGGAGAGAUAAAUUUUACAGGACUUUUCAGUAUGGGAGUAAGUUCCUAUGGUGGUGUUUGGAGCAAGGCAGCGCGGACGAGGAUCUGAUCCAGAAAGUCAAGGCCCUGGAGAGGGCGCUAAGCACCAGCCGAAAAUUGUUACGUAUCGGUAAGAGCAUCGACUUGCUCACCGCAGCCCUGAAGACGAUUCACUUGAAGGACACGUUUCUCCAGGUCACCAUCACGCUCUCCAAACUCAACCAGGCCUUGUACCUCCUGAUCGACCACGCCCUGUGGGCGCACCGCGUGGGCCUGGUCAAGGCCAACAACGAGCGCCUCACGAACCUCUCCGCCCGCUUCUGGCUGGCGACGCUCAUCCUGAACCUGUCGCGGGAUCUGUACGAGCUCACGAACGUUAUCAACGACGCCGUCGACGUUCACACCAAACAUCAGCGGAGUAGCACGCCGAACGGAGAUGUACCGCAAACGGAAUCGAACGUACGAGUCAAUAAUAACGUCGCCCAGUUGGACCUGAUGGUCUUCUGUCUGCAAAGCAACAAGCCGAUCGUCUUGGAUCUGGUUAAGAACGCGGCCGAUCUGUUCCUGCCGUUGUCCAGUCUGGGCUAUCUAGCCAUUCCCGCCGGUAUCCAAGGACUGUGUGGUCUAACCAGCUCGAUCAUCGGACUAGCCACAGUAUGGGACGCCAAGCUCAAACUACAACCUUAGCAUAAUUCAUGUCCCAAGAUUAAAUUCACCAACUCUUUCCAAUUAUACGUGGCAUUAUUGUGGCAAUCAUAUUCAUUUUUUUUUAAGAUUGAUAUAUUUUUGUCAGAUUUUAACAAAAUUGUUACUGUUAAUUUAUAAUUGCCUUAUCACUACCAAUUUUAUAGUAACUAUUUUUGCUACAUUGUAUGUUACGGAUUUUAAAGAGAGUAGAGUGAAAAGUGUUAAUUGGAGCAAGGUUUUAAAAAAAUUAUGAAAAUUAUGAAUCGGCUUUCAAUCGAAUCAUUGUGUAAUGGCGUUGUCCUGUGCCGUUUGAUGUACAGUGAAAUAGCUUUUUGGGUGCGUAAGGGAAAGAGUUCCAUACCUUGUGAUUCGCCGGAAUUGAAAGUUUGUAGACUAUGUGCCGCACUUCAGUGAUCCGUCGUAGUUUUCAUGAACUUUGUGUUCACAUGUUCAAAAUCUUCAAAAGCUUUAACCAUGGUAAUGGAGCACAUUGAGAAAUUGAGAGGAUAAAAAAACCACAUUUGUGCUGGUCCCAGAGGGCCAACAUAUUGUCCUCUUUGUACUUGACUGACUGACUCACUUGCGAGCCGGGCAGUGCUAUUGUAUAGGGUUACCCCAUAACCAGGCAUGUAACUGGGAAUUGACCAAAAAACGAGGAAACUCCAGACCACACCUGACUUUGUACAGUGUUUUUCAAUUUGUAAUGGCAUUCAUGAGAAGUAAAAAACGAGGAAAUCAGUGGAUCUGAGGAAAAGUUGCAUGCCUGCAUAACUCCAAUGAAUGGACUAAAUCUUGCCCAUUUUGUAGACAAUACGAGAAAAAUCUUCCAUGAAUAGCAUUCUGAAUCAAUUGAAUAGAAUUGUGUGCACUCUGGGCCCAGCUUCAACUAGGCUAGCCUAAUCUUGUUUAUACUAGUGGAGUUAUUGUCAACGACAAAAUGUCCUAUCCUGUUCAAUCCAGUUCUGUCUAGUACAGUUCUACUUCGCUUCAUCGCUUCACUCUGAAUUCUCUGAUGAACAGUAAUUGAAUACAUUGUGCAUUUCAAACCUAUGGUAUCUGUAUAUAGUUGAUUUUCAAAUGGCAUAUCAGAAAUUCCCAUCUAUGCAAACAUACCUUUGAUCGCAAAGAUUAAAAACUCUAAAUACGGUGCAAUCGGCGAUAUCCAGGCAACUGUUUGUUGCUAGUGAUUUAUUAUUUCAAUUAUGUUGGCAUUUUUUUCAAUAUUUAAUAUUAAAUGAAAAGCUGCACUCAUACAUGGAAUUAUUAUAUUACUAUGUAAUCAAAUACAAUUAAAUCAACAACUGGAUUUGCAUAUUAAAAUUUAAAAACAAUUCACAAAAUAAUGUUUUGCGCACAAAUAUCUUUGUUAUAUAAUUGUGCAUAUAUUUAUUUAUUAUGCAAAUUUUCCAAAGAAAAAAUUAGGAAAAACGAUGAUUCUGUAUAAAGGGCCUAGUAUGUUUCUCCACAAAAUAUCAAUUGCGUUUAGUUUUUGUUAACGCUGUUGCAAAUUUUACGGAAGUUGAGCGUUCGCAUGUGUCAGUUGUUGACCGAAUGGUACUCGGACUUUAUUCCCCAUUAAAAAAAAAUUCUUCAGAACCAUUAAUUAGAAAGAAAAAUAAGUUCUACUUCAAUAAAAUGUAUGAUUUGAAACAAAAGCAAGAAAAUACAUAUUUGGGGAAAAAAAAAAAAAUUGUUUCCCAGAUUCGAACCCAGCACCUUCGGCAUUUGUCCAAUUUAGCUACCAAGGUGCUUCGAUCACUGUAGGAAUUUAAAAUCUCAUGUGGAGUGCCGUGGCCUCAUGGUCUGGAGCAUUGAAUUCAGGGUCUGCGGGUAAUUCUGCAGGUUGUGGGUUUGAGUCCAGCCUGGGGUUAUGGUGGGUGUGCCCUUGGGCAAGGCACUUUGUCACUCAUUGCUUCUCUCCACCCAGGAGUAAAUGGGUACCUGUGAGGGCAGAGAUGGUUAUUGUGGUUGAUUGUAGCAGCUUUGCGACGAAACGGCAGCGUCAAGCUGUAUACUCCCCGGGGAACUGAGAUGGUAUUUGGAAUGUUUCAUUGGCCCAAUGAGCAGGGUAAUAAUGAUGUAGCGCCUUGAGCACCAAUACUGGUGGAUACGUGUGCUUUAUAAAUACACAUUAUUUAAUUUGCAAUGUUAUGUUGCAAUUCCAUUACAAUAGCUGUUGAAAAAUGCGUUACGCCUUCCAUAGAAUUAGCCAGUAUUUUGUUUUUAUUAACGCCCAGUUACUAAUUUUCAUGCACUAUGUUUUUCAGUAAAUAACAAAGUAGACUCAUUGAGAUAUAUAUAUAUAGCACCUAAGUAAGUACCUUUUAGUAAAAGUAUGUCGGUUAUAUUUGAACGGAAUGGGUGUAUCUAUUAAAAGAGUGUACAUAUGCAUUUUACACAAUGAAGAUAUUUUACGAAAAUGCGUAAUAAUGAAGAAAAAGAAGUCAUGUUUAUUUAUAGAAAGGGUCACUGUAAAUUAUUAUAAAAUUCCAAAGACGUUUAUAAAUAAAACAAUUGUUUUUUU